AUGGCCGACUCUGUAUCGACGAAUACCAAGAAGGCUGUUGAGGACGUGACGAAAACUACAGCGACAAAGAAGAACAAAAAGAAACCUGUCAAGAAGGAUGUCAAGCCGACGAAGGAAGAGAUCAAAAAAGAAAAAGUUUCGAGGAAGCUAAAUGCAAUAAAAGAGCAGAUAGUCCGGCAGCGCGAAGAGGAAGAGCGACUUCGUAAAGAGGCUGAAGAAGAGGAGCGUCGGUUUCGAGAGGAGAUGCUGAAACUUGAGGAACAACGCCGUUUAGAGGCGGAAAAGCGUGAACGUAAGAAACAGAAGGAAAAGGAACGGAAACAAAGACUCAAAGAUGAAGGAAAGCUUUUAACGGAUAAGGAAAAGGAAAAUAGGAGAAAGGUUUUGGAACUUGCUCACGCUCGGGGUUUGGAUCUUGGGGCUACCAAAAUUGAUUUGAAAAACCGAACAUACUCUAGAAAAAAAAAGCGCCCACAAGGUCAAGUGGAGGAACCUGUCUUAAGCCAACCUGUUGUUGAAGCAGAGGUAAAAGUUGAACCCCUGGAAGAAACCAUUGAUGGUGUUAUUGAUUGGGAAGACCUUGCUGCAGAUCUUGUCACCUCCGAUAAUAGUGAAUGUGAAAACUUAUCCCUUCUUUCUGAGGGCGUACUUCACGGUGGGGUUGAAAGUUCUCCUUCCCCUCCUAUGUUAGAACUUGACCAGUCAGAGGUCUAUAAACUCUCUGAAAGUCAGCUCACUGAGGAAGAGAAACGUAAUCUCAUCGAGCAGGUAAAAUUAAGACUUCAGCGGGAACGUGCACAAGAUGAGGAGUCAGUUUCUGAAAGAGCACUCAGAUCCGGUGUAAUAUGUGUCCUUGGUCAUGUUGAUACUGGUAAAACCAAAAUUCUGGAUAAGCUGCGUAACACAAAUGUGCAAGAUCGGGAGGCAGGAGGUAUUACUCAACAAAUUGGCGCUACAAACGUGCCAAGAGAAAACAUCAUUCGUUCAAUUCAAAUGUGCAAAUAUUUCACACCAAACGAUUUAAAGAUGCCUGGUUUGUUAAUCAUUGACACCCCGGGUCACGAGUCAUUUACAAAUUUACGAGUUCGAGGAUCAUCAUUGUGCGACUUUGCGAUUCUUGUGGUCGAUAUAAUGCAUGGUAUAGAAGAACAAACAAAAGAAUCUAUUCGGAUUCUCUUGAGCCGAAAAACACCUUUUGUCGUUGCGCUUAAUAAAAUCGAUCGGCUAUAUCAAUGGAGGAGUUAUCCGAGUCUUCCUGUUGAGGAGGCCUUGGCAAACCAAAAUGAGGUUACAAUUAACGACUUCAACCAGCGGUUUAAGGAGGUCGUUCAACAUUUUGCACUGAUGGAAUUAAACGUUGAACUCUUUUACAAGAAUCUCAAUCCUAACGAAUUUAUCAGCAUGGUACCCACAUCUGCUCAUUCGGGUGAUGGAAUGGGUGAUCUUUUAGCCUUUAUGUGCAAGGAAAUGCAACGUAGGUUAUAUAAGCGUUUAACUUUCUCCGAGGAACUCAAGGCAUCGGUUAUGGAGGUGAAAGAGACUGUCGGUUUGGGUACGAGUUUGGAUGUUAUUGUAGUGAAUGGUCGUAUUCGCGAGGGCGACACCAUCGUGCUGGCUGGCCAGGAGGGCCCCAUAGUUACGACGGUGCGCAGCAUCCUCAUGCCUGCACCCAUGUCGGAGCUGCGUGUGAAAGGAAGUUACGAGCAUCUAAAGGAGGUGGUAGGUGCACAAGGCGUCAGACUUAUUGCUCGUGACCUCGAGAAAGCACUGGCUGGGCUACCAUUAUAUGUAGCUAGGGAUUUGGCCGAAGAGCUCUACUUUAAGGAUGAAGUGAGCUGUGGCUUGAAGGGGGCGCUGAAAGCAAUCGCCGUUAGUCCUGUGGGUGUCUACGUUGUGGCGAGCACUCUCGGUUCUCUCGAGUCCUUACUUACCUACCUCAAGUCCGUCAACAUUCCAUACUCUGGCAUCAGUAUUGGUACAGUGCAUAAAAAAGACGUUAUGAAGGCUUCUAUUAUGGUGGAGCGAGACAGAAAGUGGGCCGUCAUUCUCGCCUUUGACGUGAAGAUUGACAAGGACGCGCAAAAAAUGGCAAAUGAAGUUGGUGUGCAGAUAUUCACUGCGAACAUCAUUUAUCAUCUUCAACUUCGGAUGGAGGAAUAUGUAGAAGCUCUAAUGAAGGAAAACCGAAGGAAGCACGCGAACCAAGCCGUAUUUCCAGUGAAGUUGCGCAUUCUCCCUGAUAUGGUGUUCAACAAACGUGCACCGAUCGUUAUAGGCGUACAUGUGGAGGCGGGAUUGCUUCGUGAGGGUACACCGAUUUGUGUUCCCUCCCGUGACAAUGCCCUUCUCGGUAGGGUAUUCUCCAUCGAGUUCAAUCAUAAGGCUAUCCAAGAGGCACGAACUGGUCAAGAGGUGUGCAUACGCAUCGAUCCUGUUGAAGGCGAGGCGCCCAAGUUAUAUGGCCGUCAUUUUGACCACACAGACCUGCUUAUAUCGAAGGUAUCUCGUGACAGUAUCGAUGUAGUUAAGGAUUUUUACCGGAACGACUUAAACAAGGAAGACUGGAAACUGAUGGCGGAGUUGAAGGAAAUGCUCUCAAUCAUAUGA